AUGUCGCCUUCGAUUCCCUCGUCGUCGGUGGUUUCUUCAUCUUCACUGCGGGGGAUUGUCCGCGCAGUCGGAUCCGUUGUCCCUCGUGUCCUCCGCAUCACCGGCCCCCGCCGCUCCAUCCUUGCGGCGGGCGGCGGGGACUCUCUGAAGCCUCGCCUGGACCAGAUCCGCAAGCAGGCCCACGACCAUGCCGCCAUCGCCAACGCGUAUGCCUCCUACGCCAGGAAGAUGAAGCUCGAGAGCUCGAAGCAGGUCCGCCUCUUCACAGAACUCGCCCGCAACUUCUCCCUACUCCUCGCUGAAUACCGGCCCUUGCUAUCCGACGCCCCCGAUGGCGACCGCCGCAUUGAUGAGCCGUCUAUCCGCCGGUUCGAGCGUGAUGUCAAGGAGCGGAUCCGUUCCGCUCGCCAGCUGAUUGCCGACGCCAAGGAGUCUUUCGACAACCAGCUCAAGAUCCAGAAGCUUAAGGACACUAUCUUUGCCAUCAACGAACGGCUGGCGAACGCCAAGAAGCAGGGAGCCUUCUCCAGCCUCAUCGCCGCCAAAUCUAUCCCCAAGCCCCUCCAUUGCCUCGCAAUGCGACUCAUGACGGAGAGGAUCUUACAUCCCGAGAAGUACGACGACAGUGACUCCCACCGUCCGGAGCUUGAAGACCCCAACCUCUACCACUAUGCAAUCUUCUCUGACAAUGUGCUUGCCGCAUCCGUAGUGGUCAAUUCUGCGGUCCGUAAUUCCAAGGAGCCCUGGAAGCAUGUCUUCCAUGUCGUCACAGAUAAGAUGAACCUUGGGGCAAUGCAGGUCAUGUUCAAACUCAAGGACUAUAAUGGGGCUCAUGUGGAGGUCCGUGCCAUAGAGGACUACAAAUUUCUCAACUCUUCGUAUGUGCCAGUGCUCCGGCAGCUUGAAUCUGCGAACCUGCAGAGAUUCUAUUUCGAAAAUAAGCUCGAGAAUGCGACCAAGGACACAAACAAUAUGAAAUUCAGGAAUCCCAAGUACCUGUCCAUGCUGAACCAUCUCCGUUUCUACCUGCCAGAGAUGUACCCGAAGCUCCACCGUAUCUUGUUCCUGGAUGAUGAUAUUGUGGUACAACGGGAUCUAACCGGGCUCUGGAAAAUUGACAUGGAUGGGAAGGUGAAUGGGGCGGUGGAAACCUGCUUUGGUUCAUUUCACCGGUAUGCCCAAUACAUGAAUUUUUCACACCCACUUAUCCGGGAGCGAUUCAACCCCAAUGCGUGUGGAUGGGCAUACGGAAUGAACUUCUUCGACCUUGAUGCCUGGCGAAAAGAGAAAUGCACCGAGCAGUAUCAUUAUUGGCAGAAUCUGGUAAGUGACUGUUGAUUUUCUGUUUAGUAGCCUCUCGUCUUUUAAUUAAUAUUUAAUCUUUGAUCGAAUCCUCUUUCUGAAUUGAAGAUCAUUUGAUUACCUAAUGUUUCAUUGCGAUAAUCUAUUCUAAUUAUUUUUCAAUCAUAUGACUAUCUUGGAGAUCUUUUUCAAUCAUGGUUUAUCAAGAUCUUUUUCCGAUGUAGACAGAGGCUUCAUUUGAGGGGUUCCUCUACAAUCUUCCUCCAAUGUUGUUCAACCCAGAUAAAUCGACUUUAUUUUUUAUGCUAUUCAUUUCAUAAUGAUAUAGAUAAAAUUGCACUUGUGAAUAAUACUACUGUCGAAGUUUGUUUUACAUAAUGUCAUCUUGAGCGUACGUGUUCCAUUAGGUUACACAGACACGCUCACACAUUCAUCUUCCAUAAGUAAGAGAGAGAGAGAGAGAGAGAGAGAGAGAGAGAGAGAGAGCUGACCAGAUUGUCUAUCUUCCAUUGAUAUCCUUAUUUUGUGUGUUCUUCACCUGAUAUCCUACGAUAAUGUUGAUACAAAUUCCCUUGUUCUUCAUAAAACUUCAUCCCCUGGGAUUUCAUCCCGUGUUAUUACCUCCCCACCGGAUCUGUCGACAUAAUCCUCGUCUUUCUUCUCCGUGGCGAAUUGCAGAAUGAGAACAGAACCCUGUGGAAGCUGGGAACGCUUCCCCCGGGCUUGAUCACCUUCUACUCCACCACCAAGCCCUUGGAGAAGUCCUGGCACGUACUUGGGCUCGGGUACAACCCCGGCAUCAGCAGGGAGGAGAUUCAGAACGCAGCCGUCGUCCACUUCAACGGGAACAUGAAACCCUGGCUCGACAUCGCCAUGUACCAGUUCCGCCCCCUCUGGACCAAGUACGUUGACUACGAUAUGGAAGCCAUACGCCUUUGCAACGUCGCCCCUUGA